AUGAGUGAGGCAGAUUAUCUGGUCUCAUCUGACCAAUUCACCAAAUCGCCGCUGGAGGCCAACACCCCCCAGCCAUUUGAUCAUCCAACAGGCAGAGACGCCUACGGCCCAUUAACCAAUGUGGCCAGAAACAGACAGAAGUACUUUGCUCCUGACCACGUGCCCCGCAUCAACAUCGAGGAGACCGUCCAGAAGUUCAAGUACUUGUUGGGGUUGACAGACUUGUUCCAGCACUUCAUCGAUUCCAGAGCCAAGAAAGAUCCUGCGCUUGCCCAAGUCAAGUUGGCAGCCGAGCAGCCCAAGGUAGAUGGAUCACAGAGAAGAAGAAAAACUGAGCGUGAGGAGGACGCCGAACUCUUGAGCGAUGAGAAAGCUACUCCAAGAAUCACAGAGUUCACCGAAAGUCCCACGUACGUCCAGGGCCAGCUCCGUCCAUACCAGAUCCAGGGUCUCAACUGGCUCGUUUCCUUGUACGAAAACAACUUGUCGGGAAUUUUGGCCGACGAGAUGGGUUUAGGUAAGACAUUGCAGACCAUUUCGUUUUUGGGCUACUUGCGCCAUUUCAGAGGCAUCAACGGUCCCCACAUCAUCAUCACCCCUAAAUCCACCUUGGACAAUUGGGCCAGAGAGUUUGCUAAGUGGACUCCCGAGGUGCGUGUGGUGGUUCUUCAAGGUGACAAGGACGAGAGACAGAACUUGAUCACCAAUAGAUUGUUGACGUGCGACUUUGAUGUGGUGGUUGCUUCUUACGAGAUUGUUAUCAGAGAGAAAUCCACAUUCAAGAAGUUUGCGUGGGAAUACAUUGUUAUUGACGAGGCCCACAGAAUCAAGAACGAGGAGUCUUUGUUGUCGCAAAUCAUCCGUCUUUUCCAUUCCAAGAAUAGACUCUUAAUUACUGGUACGCCAUUGCAGAACAACUUGCAUGAGUUGUGGGCUUUGCUUAACUUCAUUCUUCCCGAUGUUUUCGGCGAUAGUGACACGUUUGACCUGUGGUUCACUGCCACCGAGGACCUGGCAGAACUGGCGGACGAUAGUGUAGUUGCUCAACUACACAAGGUUUUGAAACCAUUCUUGUUACGUCGUAUCAAGUCUGAUGUCGAGAAGUCGCUUUUGCCAAAGCAGGAGAUGAACGUUUACGUCAAGAUGACCGACAUGCAGAGAAAAUGGUACCAGAAGCUUUUAGAGAAAGACUUGGAUGCUGUCAAUGGUGCCAAUGGUAAGAAGGAGUCCAAAACUCGUUUAUUGAAUAUUGUCAUGCAAUUGAGAAAAUGUUGCAACCAUCCUUACCUCUUUGAAGGUGCUGAACCUGGCCCUCCAUUCACAACCGAUGAACACUUGGUUUUCAACUCACAAAAGAUGAUCAUCUUGGACAAGCUUUUGAAAAAGUUUCAAAAGGAAGGCUCCAGAGUCUUGAUUUUCUCUCAGAUGUCCAGAAUGCUUGACAUUUUGGAGGAUUACUGUAUGUUCCGAAGUUUUGAAUAUUGCAGAAUCGACGGCCAGACCGAUCACGCUGACAGAGUUCAAGCUAUUGACGAUUACAACAUGCCGGGCUCUUCAAAAUUCGUGUUCUUGUUGACAACAAGAGCUGGUGGUUUGGGUAUUAACUUGACUACUGCUGAUAUUGUCGUUUUGUUUGACAGUGAUUGGAAUCCUCAAGCUGACUUGCAAGCGAUGGACAGAGCUCACAGAAUUGGACAGACGAAGCAAGUGAAGGUAUUUAGAUUUGUCACUGAGAACGCAAUUGAGGAGAAAGUCCUAGAGAGAGCCACUCAGAAAUUGAGACUUGACCAGUUGGUUAUCCAGCAAGGUCGUAAUAACGGUGGUAUCAACAAUAAUAACCUGGCGGCCGGUAAAGCAGCUUCAAAGGAUGAGCUUUUGGAUAUGAUUCAGCACGGUGCGGCUGAUAUCUUCAAAGCAAAGAAUGACGGUGAAGAAGAAGCUGAUGUCGACAUCGAAGAGCUUCUCAAAGAUUCAGACAUGAAGACUAAGGAGCUUAAUAAGAAGUAUGCUAAGCUAGACUUGAAUGCUUUACAAAAUUUCACAAAUGAUGAGUCAGUCUACGAGUGGAACGGAGAAAAUUUCAAGAAGAAGGAGCCUACUGCGAUUACCAACAUUGGUCAUGCAUGGAUCAACCCAGGAAAGAGAGAGAGAAAGGAGAAUUAUUCGAUUGACAUGUACUAUAAGGACGUGCUCAGUGCGGGUAGUCGCUCCACGCCUAAGAGUGGACCACGCCCACCGAAGCAGCUCAAUAUCUACGAUCACCAGUUCUAUCCUCCAAAAUUAUUGGAGUUAUAUGAAUUGGAGAAGAAUUAUUACAGAAAGCAAGUGAACUAUGUCGUCCCAUUAAAGAAUGGUUCUUCUAAGGACUUGGCAGAACGUCAAUUAGAGCAGAAGCUCGAACAAGAAGAAAUAGAGAACUCUCGACCACUUACAGACGAAGAAAAGGAGCUUAAGGACCAACUCUUGACGGAAGGAUUUCACAACUGGAACAGAAAAGAUUUCAUCCACUUUAUCCUGGUUAGCACCAAGUAUGGUAGAAAUGCGAUCUCAUUGAUUGCAGCGGAGUUUGAAGAAAAGACAAUUGAGGAGGUUCGUGAGUAUGCCAAGAUGUUCUGGACACACUAUGAGGAAAUUGAGGGAUACGAGAAGUAUAUCAAUCAGAUCGAGGCGGGCGAAGAGAAAGUUGCAAGAACUAAGUUGCAAAAAGAGAGUCUUCGCAGAAAGAUCUCCAGUUAUAGAUAUCCACUCCAAGAGCUUGAGUUGAAAUACCCUCCAGCCGCUACUACCAAACGAACAUUCACAGACGAUGAAGACCGGUUUUUGCUUGUUCAAAUGUAUAGGUUCGGACUUGACCGGGUUGAUCUCUAUGAAAGAAUUCGAGAUGCGGUGAGGCUGAGUCCAUUCCUCCGAUUCGACUUCUUCUUGCAAUCUCGUUCUACCGCAGAGAUAUCGAGAAGAUGCAGCACAUUGAUUGCAUGUGUGUUGAAAGAAAUCCACCCAACUCUUGCGCCUGCAAAGGCUACUACCAAGGCUGCCGCUGGUAAGGAGGCCAAUGGCAAGAGAAAAAAGCCAGUGGCCAAGGGUGGCGCCAAAAGAGCCAAAAAGUAA